GGUGCGCUGUGUCCCUCGGACACAGCGAAUCACUGAUCUAUGGAAAGAGCCGAAGAUGUCGGCUCGGUCAUGUGAUCAGCUGUGUCCAAUCACAGCUGAUCACAUAAGUGCCACCUGUCCGUGCUGAACAGUGGCACAUGCCAAUGCCCAUCAGUGCCUACCAGUGCACAUCAAUGCCACAUAUCAGUGCCCAUCUGAGCUGCCUUUCAGUGUCACCCAUCAGUGUCAGUCAGUGCCACCUAUCAAUGCCAAUCAGUGCCACCUAUCAGUGCCAGUCAGUGCCGCCUAUCAGUGUGCAUCAGUGCCCGGCAGUGCCACCUAACAGUGCCAGUCAGUGCCACCUAACAGUGCCAGUCAGUGCCGCCUAUCAGUGUGCAUCAGUGCCCGCCAGUGCCACCUAACAGUGCCAGUCAGUGCCACCUAACAGUG